AUGGUCGGUUAUCCGGUUGCACGAUCAUCGGCUGCUGAUCUGACAAGUUUGACUGCAAACCCCACACCCAUAGCUGGAAUAGCCAUUGUCAUGAGCCUGUGGCCAAGCCCAGCAUUGCCAGCUAGGACAUUGAGUGCACACAUCCUGCUGAGUGACUGCGAUCCAAACGGAACGCUCAUGGUGACAUACACCGCCCAGUGA